AUGCUUCUUCGCAGGUAUCGUCUACCGCCUGCUGUCUCUUGCGCAUUCACUAAACUACUAUCGCAGGCUCCUCUACUGCCGCGCAGCUAUGAGAACGGUGAGAACGAUGCCGCACCCCUCACUCAUUCACCUGGCUCUAUCGUCAGAGUCGCCAUGAAGGACUUUGUCACAUACACCUCGGCCGAAUUCCUACCUGGUCCCAGUCUGAACAUGAUCAUCGGUCCCAACGGCACUGGAAAGAGUACUCUGGUCUGCGCUAUCUGUCUGGGCCUUGGAGCCAAGCCAGACGUUCUUGGUCGAGCAAAGGAUCCUUCUGAAUUCGUCAAGCAUGGCCAGAAAGAGGCCGAGAUUGAGAUCGAACUUCAACGCGAUCCCGCUCGUCAUCGCACCAACCCCGUUAUCAAGCGAAUUAUCAAGAGAGACUCAAAUAAUAAGACCUUCUUCAUGAUCGAUGGCAGAACCAGCACCCAAAAGGCUGUUGCUGAACUCUGCCGCUCCUUCUCUAUACAAGUCGACAAUUUGUGUCAGUUCCUUCCUCAAGACCGUGUCGUUGAAUUUGCUGCACUGGACCCCAUCGAACUCCUCGUCCAGACACAAAGAGCUGCAGCUCCGGACUAUAUGAGUGAUUGGCACGAUCAGCUCAAGAACAUGCGAAGUCAGCAGCGAAAAUACCAAGCCGAUCAGGGUCAACAUACCGAGAACUUGAAGAACCUGGAAGGCCGACAGAACAUGCAGCGUGGCGAUGUUGAGCGCCUGCGCGAGCGUGCGGAUCAACAAGAAAAGCUUGCUGCUCUGGAACGUCUGCGACCCUUCCCUGCUUACAAUGUUGCAAGAGAAAACUAUAUUCAAGCCAAAGAACGUUGCAAGGAAGCCAACAACGAGCUUGUCGCAUUGCAGCGUGAGUGUGAACCUGCUUUGGUAGCAGUCAAUGCAAAAGAAGAAUAUGUCAAAACCAUUGACGCUGUUGUUAAACGCCGCCAGCGUCUUGUAACUCGUGCACAGGACGACAUUAGACAGAAAAUCAAGAAGCAGAACACGGCAUCUGAACAGCACAAGGCUUUUGAACAGGAAAUAGACGCCGAGCAGAAGAGCGUCAAGACACACAAGCAGGAGCGUAUCCGUCUUGACACCCAAAUUAAGAAUCUUGAACGUCAAGCCGAGAAUGAACCACCAACGAUCGAUGUUGCCGCACUCAACGAGAAAAUCAGAGACAUCUCGCGCCAACAACGUGAGAAGACCGAUGCCGCAAGAGAUGAGAACGCCAAGCAAGACGAAAAAGUUACUGAUCUCAAUUCGCUUCAACAACGUAUCGUCGCGGCAGAGAACAGUUUGAAACAGCUCCGAUCCAAAGCUGGUCAACAAGUAAACAAACUCAACAACGUCUCUCCCGACACCGCAAAGGCCUGGGACUGGAUUCAAAAAAACAGAAAUCAAUUCACCGGGAAAGUAUUCGGACCAGCGAUCCUUGAAUGUUCUGUCAAGGAUACCAAGUUUGCCAACCUCAUCGAGUCAGUGCUUGGCCAGGCAGACAUGGUUUGUAUAACAAUGACGCACAAAGAGGAUUUCAAUCUGCUUCAACGUGAACUCUUAAACACACAGAGGCUGUCUGAUAUCAACUUGAGAAUGCUGGACACGCCCUUGGACUAUUGGAAGAAACCCUAUUCUCCAGAUGACUUACGACGACUUGGCUUGAAUACCUACGUUCUGGAUCUUCUCGAAGGCCCUGAGGAGAUUCUAAGCAUGCUUUGUGACAACAGAAACAUCCACAUGUAUGGUGUCGCGUACCAAGAAUUGAGCUCCCAACAAUUUGAUGGAAUGAUGUCAAGCAAUAUUUCAAGUUGGGCAACACCUACGGAAACUUACAACGUGACAAGGAGAAGAGAGUAUGGUGACGCCGGUACAUCGACACGUACGGCGCGUAUCAGGCAGGCACGCUUCUUCACUUCCCAACCCGUGGACACGCAAGCCGAACAAGAGUACAAGAAAGCAAUUGCCGAGCUCAAGCACGAAUCGCAGGAAGUUCAACGGCAAGCUGAAGCGCACAAAGCUGCGAGUGUUCGGUAUGGGCGUGAGUACCAUGAGCUUAAUGAGAAAAAGAAGGAACUCGAAGCCGAAAAGAAGCAAGCGCAAGAGGCACGAUCGGAAUGGCAGAAACUGCCGGUUAAAAUUGCUGGGUUUGUGUCGAAGCGUGAUGCUUUGGAUGAGCGUCAAGCCAAUUACCGAGCCCGAGUCCAAGAUAUCAAGAAUAAGCAAGAUAAGCUUACCCUUGAUCGAGCUCAGGAUGCUUUAACUCUUGUUUCCUCGGUCCAGAGCUUGCAGAAACUGGAAAUGGAUCUCCUCCAAGCAAGCCUUGCUCUGAUCGAAGGAGAAUCGGACUUCCAAAUCCUCAAGGCGCACAGCGAGGAAGUGCGUCAGAAUCUCGCUCAGAAAGAACGCGACGUAGGGGUGUUGACGGCCGAAAGGGACAACUUGAAGAAAAUCGCUACAGCUGGACUCAAAGCGUGCAACGAAUUGCUUCAGGACCUCUCGGAGAGAGAAACAGAAAUCUACACUGAAUACAACAAGAUGAAUCUCGACGAAUACGAGGCCGAGAUUGACAGUACCAAAGCUCGACUUGAGAUGGUGGACGGAGGCAAUCCUCAGAUCCUUCGCGAGUUCGAAGAACGUGCUGGCAAUAUCGAGAAGGUCAAGUAUAAACUUGAGAAGAUCGAGAAUGAGCUUGUGGAGUUGCAACAAAACAUUGAUGAAGUGCGUCAGAAAUGGGAGCCCGAGCUUGAUCGACUCAUCGGUCAGAUCAGCGAUGCCUUCAGCGAAAACUUCGCCAAGAUCAACUGCGCUGGGCAGGUCGAGGUUUACAAAGAGGACGAUGAUUUCAACAAAUGGGCUAUUCAGAUUCAGGUGAAGUUCAGAGAAAAUGAACAACUGUCCGUUCUAGACUCGCAUCGCCAGUCUGGUGGCGAACGUGCUGUGUCGACAAUCUUCUAUCUCAUGGCGUUGCAGAGUCUGGCCCGAGCACCCUUCCGUGUCGUUGAUGAGAUUAACCAAGGAAUGGAUCCUCGUAACGAACGCAUGGUUCACUCACGUAUGGUCGAUAUUGCUUGUGCGGAACAUACCUCGCAGUAUUUCCUCAUCACGCCUAAGUUGUUGCCGAACUUGGCAUACCAUCCCAACAUGAAGGUGCACUGUAUUGCAAGUGGAGAGUACAUGCCUGAUGAUCAGGGCAAGCUGGAUUUUGGAGCUCUCGCUCAGAAGGCUUUGGCGGUAUACGGUGGCGUUUGA